AUGGUGGAAGAGAUGGUGGAUGGGAUGGUGGAUGGGAUGGUGGAUGGUGGAGGUGGAAGAAGGGUUGGGGUUGGGAGGAGGGAGAGCGGUGGGGGACACGCGGCUUGGCUGACAAGUCCCUCCCCGCGGCCCAAGUCGAGACGACGGCGGAGAGUCAGAGCAGCAGACAGGGCCAGGGCCAGGGGUAUGGGUAUGGGUAUGUUCGCAGGAUGUGCUGCUGCUGCUGCUGCUGCUGCUGGUGGUGGUCCCCCAACGCACCCACCAGCCCGUGUAGAUAUAGAUAGAGAGAGCGAUAGACAGACAGACAGAUAG